UUUUGAUGGGUUUUCUCUUCCGGUUUAACGUUCGUGUCAUAGCUGAGAGCGGUCGCUAGGGGGAGCGUCUAGUUGUGCCACUCUUACGGAAUUCGUCUUGAUCACCUGAUAAACGCAAAAAUGGCUGGCCGGCUAAUGCAAGCAGCGAGAUGCCCGACUGAUGAACUGUCUCUCACCAACUGUGUGGUUACAAGUGAGAAGGACUUCAAACCUGGACAGCAUUUGACUAUUAAAAUCACACCCACUCAGAAAUUUGUGUUCACGGUUAAAACUCACCCGAGCGUGGUCCCGGGAACCAUUGCCUUCAGUCUACCUCAGAGAAAAUGGGCUGGACUCUCUCUAAACCAGGAUGUGGAAGUGAGUAUCUACAACUUUGACCCAUCAAGACAGUAUGUGGGAACCAUGACGCUAGAGAUUGACUUCCUCCAGAAGAAGAGCGUUGACAGCAAUCCUUACGACUCAGAUAAAAUGGCCAUUGAAUUUAUCCAGUUUUUCAACUCACAGGCCUUUACCAUUGGCCAGCAGUUUGCCUUCAGCUUUUGUGACAGGCUCUUUGGACUGGUCAUAAAAGAUAUCGAGGCCAUGGAUCCCAGCAUCCUCAGAGGCGAGCAAACCAAUAGCAAAAAACAGAAGAUUGAGAUUGGUCUGUUGCACGGCAACAGUCAGGUGAUUUUUGACAAAGCCGAGAGCUCAUCUCUCAAUUUGAUUGGAAAAUCAAAGGCCAGAGGGUCUCGGCAGUCCAUCAUCAACCCCGACUGGAACUUUGAGCGCAUGGGGAUUGGAGGCCUGGACAAGGAGUUCUCGGACAUCUUCCGUCGGGCCUUCGCCUCACGAGUCUUUCCUCCAGACAUAGUGGAGCAGAUGGGCUGCAAACACGUGAAGGGGAUCUUAUUGUUUGGACCGCCCGGCUGUGGUAAAACCCUGAUGGCACGUCAGAUUGGUAAGAUGCUGAAUGCUAGAGAGCCAAAAGUGGUCAACGGGCCAGAGAUUCUGAACAAAUAUGUGGGCGAGUCGGAGGCCAACAUCAGAAAGCUGUUUGCUGAUGCCGAGGAGGAACAGAAGAGAUUGGGGGCCAACAGCGGCCUUCACAUCAUCAUAUUUGAUGAAAUUGAUGCCAUCUGUAAACAACGUGGCAGCAUGGCGGGCAGCACUGGGGUCCAUGACACCGUAGUCAACCAGCUACUGUCCAAGAUCGAUGGUGUAGAGCAGCUCAACAACCUCUUGGUUAUUGGAAUGACCAACAGGCCUGACCUGAUUGAUGAAGCCCUCUUGAGGCCAGGAAGACUGGAGGUCAAAAUGGAGAUUGGCCUGCCUGACGAGACGGGUCGUGUUCAAAUCCUGCAUAUCCACACAGCAAAGAUGAGGCAGUCAAACAUGCUGGCCAAAGAUGUUGACAUAAAAGAGCUGGCUUUCGAGACCAAAAACUACAGCGGAGCAGAGCUGGAAGGGCUUGUUCGGGCUGCCCAGUCGACUGCCAUGAACCGUCACAUCAAGGCCACUACUCAGGUAGAGGUGGACACAGAAAAGGCUCUUACUCUGCAGGUCAGCAGGAGUGACUUCUGGGCCUCUCUGAAUAAUGACAUCAAGCCUGCAUUUGGAACUAAUCAGGAGGAUUACGCCAGUUACGUCAUGAACGGUAUUGUGAAAUGGAGCAAUGCUGUGUCUGACAUAUUGGGAGAUGGAGAGCUUCUGGUGCAACAGACCAAGAACAGUGAACGCACACCGCUAGUAACUGUGCUCUUAGAGGGGCCUCCUCACAGUGGUAAGACUGCACUGGCGGCCAAGAUCGCAGAGGACUCCCAGUUCCCCUUCAUCAAGAUCUGCUCUCCAGACAAAAUGAUCGGCUAUUCAGAGAUCGCCAAAUGUCAGGCCAUCAAGAAGAUAUUUGAGGACGCCUACAAGUCCCAGCUGAGCUGUGUGGUGGUGGACGAUAUAGAACGACUGCUGGAUUUUGUUCCCAUCGGGCCACGGUUCUCUAACCUGGUGCUGCAGGCUCUGCUGGUAUUAUUGAAGAAACCGCCUCCUCGGGGUCGGAAGUUGCUGAUUCUUGGCACAACUAGCAGGAAGGAUGUUCUGCAGGAGAUGGGCAUGUUGGACACUUUCAGCACAACAAUCCACAUCCCUAAUAUAACUAGAGGAGAACAGCUCAUUGAGGCCCUGGAGCUUCUUGGGGGCUUCCAGGAAGAAGAGCGAGCAACUAUUGCAAAACAGGUGAAAGGACAAACGAUGUGGCUGGGCAUUAAGAAGCUGCAGAUGCUUAUUGAGAUGUCACUGCAGAUGCCUUUGGAAUACAGAGUUAACAAGUUUUUGGCACUACUGAGAGAAGAAGGAGCGUUUGGCUCUGCUAAACACGGGGCCAUAUAGUCUCGGGUGCAGAAGACAAACCAAGGCUAUUUUGAAGCAGUUAAAGGAGUCAGGAGAACACUGGGUGCACUUGAGAGACUGAGAGAGAGCAGAUGUACCUGCAGCAAAUCUCUCUAUCCCUCACUUUCCUUAAGUAUAGUGUACUACACGGCACUGCCCCUGUUCAACACUAGCUCCUUGAUUCCUCAAUAUAAGUGCAUAGGGUCUCAUAUUUAUACAGUUCCAUCAGGAAUUUUGAAAUAGUACAUGCAUGUAUUUGAAGACCCAUAGGGUAUAAAAUAUAUCAUAUUUAUGAUGUGUUGUAUUUACUGACGUGAACCAUUCCUGUUAAUGAUGCCUUACUUUUAAAUUGUCCAUAUUCAGAUGUGUAAAUUUAGCAAUGCUGAAAUUCUCUGACCAAAUCCUUUGCUCACUUUUCCCUUUAUCAUGGAUGGACUUGUUAUCUUAGAAACAGUCAGUGCCUGCCAAUAACAAUAUUGAAAUUCUCACUCCUGUACCUUUGCAUGCCAGUAUAUUGUUGUAGUUUGUUUAUUGCUUUUAUUGUUUUCAGACUAGAAGAUUAGUUUUGUUUUUUUAAGAAAGGGAACUAUCCGUCCUUCUUAAGUCACUCAGGACAUUCCAUGUCAGGAACAUAGGAAAGGUCGUAGUCUUAGAGAUGAAAUUACUCCUCAUCUCAGUCUAAUGAUUAACAUAGUGGCCUUAAGAAUCGUGUACAGGACAGAAACCUGUGACCUACCUCCCCUCUGCCAGUCUGCCAACAGUGCCGAGAUAGAUCACAUUGGCCUUGAAUUCUCCUUUUCUUUCUCUCAGAACAAUUAAGAACAUUAUGCCCCCAUUAUGACAUUUACUGUUGAACUGUGAAAGUAAUAGUAAUUGAACCACACCAAAAGGGCUUGCUCUUUAAAUUUAAAUGAAGAAUUUGUGUUUUGUGUACAAUUUGGGUCUUGGACUGCAUGUCACACACUAGUACUUGUUGUAGAUAUCCUUGUUGCCAAACAUUUGGAGUAUAACAUGCUACAUGAUGUUUUCACGGCAUGUAUCUUUGAGGAACUAAAUAAUGAAAUAUUUUUUUCCUAGAAAAUAUAAUUAUAAAUAAAGUCUUCAGUGAUUCCUUAA